AUGGCUGAGAGUCGAAGGGAAGCCCUGGCAGCGGCCCCGAUGUCCACCACUGCCUCCACGGUCGGUGCCAACGCUACCGACAUCUCUGGCACCGGAUCCAGCGAGGACUUCUCCAAGAUCAAGGACAAGUUCAUGAAUGAGCUCAACAAAAUCCCACUGCCAAAUUGGGCCAUCGUCUCCAUCGCCUUCGUGGCCGUGGUCCUGGUCCUCUCCUGCUGCUUCUGCAUCUGCAAGAAGUGGAUAUUCAAGAAGAAGAACAAAAAGAAGGGCAAAGACAAGGGCAAGAAUGCCAUCAACAUGAUGGACGUGAACGACGGUGCAAAAACCGAGGCCUUGAAGGAUGAGGAUGACGCUGAGACAGGCCUGACCGAUACAGAGAAAGAGCCCGAGCCCAAGGAGGAAGAGAAACUGGGAAAAUUACAGUUCAGCCUGGAUUACAAUUUCACAGAGAAUACGCUCAUAGUAGGGAUCAUCCAAGCAGCGGACCUUCCAGCCAUGGACAUGGGCGGCACCUCGGACCCCUAUGUCAAGGUCUACCUGCUACCUGACAAGAAGAAGAAGUUUGAGACCAAGGUCCACAGGAAGACCCUAAACCCCACCUUCAACGAGCAGUUCCAAUUCAAGGUGCCCUACGUGGAGCUGGGAGGCAAGACGCUGAUGAUGACGGUGUACGACUUUGACCGCUUCUCCAAGCACGACGCCAUCGGAGACGUGAAGCUGCCCAUGAACAAGAUUGACUUUAGUCACGUGACAGAGGAGUGGCGGGAUCUUGUGAGCGCCGAGAAGGAGGAGCAAGAGAAGCUGGGUGAUAUCUGCUUCUCCCUGCGAUACGUGCCCACCGCCGGCAAGCUGACCGUGGUCAUCCUGGAGGCCAAGAACCUGAAGAAGAUGGACGUGGGAGGCUUGUCAGAUCCCUACGUGAAGAUCCACCUGAUGCAGAACGGGAAGAGGCUGAAGAAGAAGAAGACGACAAUCAAGAAGAACACCCUCAACCCUUACUACAACGAGUCCUUCAGCUUUGAAGUGCCAUUCGAACAAAUCCAGAAAGUUCAAGUUGUUGUAACUGUUCUGGACUAUGACAAGAUCGGCAAGAACGAUGCCAUCGGCAAGGUCUUUGUGGGCCUCAACAGCUCGGGGACGGAGCUGCGCCACUGGUCGGAUAUGUUGGCCAACCCCAGGAGACCCAUCGCCCAGUGGCACGUGCUGAAGGUGGAGGAGGAGGUGGACGCUCAGCUCUCCACAAAAAAAUAG